UUGGAACACAACAGAAAUGUUUCAAGUGGACAUAAAAACCUCGCUAUUAGCUUAAAUAGCUGGGGUUUGUCACGUUUUAGGGUCCCUUUGAAACAUUUUCGUUGUGUUCUGAGCUAUUUGAGUGUUUUCGUAAAUAGCUUGCGUUGUGAGAAAAUGCAGCACGUUUUUCUUAUGUGUUUGCAGUGUGAGGAUUUGCUGCACGUGUGCUAUCAAAUGGAUGAAGAUCUUUUCUAAAUUUGCUGGUGUGUUAUUGCAUGUGUUUUCUUAAGUUGCAGCACAUUAAGCUCUCGGCCACUGUAUUUUCCUCAUGAGAGAUACUGGUUUAUGUUUUACUUUUAACCGAAUGGUGUGGCUAGUAAUGUUGUGCUAGAAAAAAUGUUGCUUUGUAAAUCUUUGGAUCUGCGCGACCUAUUUAUUAAUUUAAUUUCCUCUCUUUAAAAUCAGAUUAUGGCCUUAAUAUCUAUAUCAAUUAUUGAUUUUUGAAAUGAUAGAAAGUAAUGAUGCCAGACAAAGAUAGUUGUGCUUUUAAAUCUAGAAGCUGUCAACUGUGUUUUCACAGCAAAAGAGAAAAGUCAAAUUUAGAAUCACUAAAUAAAAAACAGCACAUAUACUUGCAGUGAGCAAUGGACACAAAAUCACUGGGCCUUUUGUCUCUGUAUGUCAGCGAUGUGAGAAUGCUGCCGCUCUCACUUUCCACAAGAACCCCUGGCACAGAAAGGCACUGACCAGCCCACACAAACAUGCCAGCAGUGCUUCAGAGUGCUUCACUCAUCUGCAGAGUGGACGCACAGAGGAAAAGGGGAGAGAGAAGCAAACAGAUGGAAGUUAGAAAUGAGCAGUAGAGAGAGUGCGGUUUAUGCACGAGAGGAAAAUGGAAAGGAAGAGAGAGAGGGAGAGGAGUGACUCUAUCGAUAAGUGGAUCUAUAGCCAAGCGGGCAUUACUGAACCUGAGUUUGGAGUCAGCUGUGUACACCAUGGCAUGUUGUUGCUGCUGCUGCUGUCCAGUUCCAUGCCUCAGAAACUGCUUCUUGUUUUCAGCGAUAUCGCCUGCUGAGCUCGAUGCCUUGUGGAAUGACCCUCCAUACACUUUAGCCGCAGUCAGUGAGCUCUUUCCACCCAAUGAUGCCAUGACAGCUGAUGAGGAAGCGGAGGCUGAGGCUGAGGCCGAGGUGGAGGCAGAAGGCAUAAGCAGAGAGAUUUACUGGAGGAGGAAGGAAACGUUCAGCGGAAGCAGCACAGUAUCUUCAUCAGGAGAACGCCUCUCUCCAGAUGUUGUUUUGUUGUUUAGCGGGAGGUGGCGAUCGAGUGUAGCACCUGACGAUCAGCUUCAAGAGGCACUGCGUACAAGACUCCGGGUAGUAGAAAGUAACAGCCAGGAUGUCGUCCAGCUCUUCAAGGACUUGUCUGCACGACUGCUGUCUGUUCAUGCGGAGAAAGACAGCUUUGUCAUCACCUUUAAAACUGUCGAGGAGAUCUGGAAGUUCUCCACUUACCUGGCACUUGGAUAUGUAGCAAGAUGCCUUGAGAACUUUCUUUGUGACCAGUCAUUCUGGCUGGACCCGGCAUUGCUAAGCGAUGUGGAGAUUUCUGUAACAGUGGAUGAAGACCACUUAGCUACUCUUUAUUUGGGACUUCUGCUACAGGAAGGUACAUUCUUUGGCAAGACUUUAUAUAAGAGUGACUGCAAAGAGGAGGAAGAGGAGCUAAACUACAGGAGGAAUGACCUAGUCAUGGUGAAAGACAUUGGACAGGAGGCCAUAUGGGAGGGUACACUACUGUCAACAGGCAAACAUGGUCUGGUGCCUGUGCAUGAUAUGCAGCCUCUGCCUUAUCCAUUUUAUCAAUGGUUCCUUAAGAAAUAUCCAGGAAAUGCAGGAGGAAUUUCAGUUACAGAAGGCCUCUUUGAUCAUCCUGUUGUGGUGGGGACCUGUGUGGCAGUAGUGGACCAUUACCCAGUGGUGAAAGAUGAGCUGCACUUACGCAUAGGAGAUCAAAUCAAGAUUGAAGGAUUUCUUUUCAAUACUCUGAGUAUGUUCAUAGGAAGACACCUCACCAGUGGAGAGACAGGAUUUGUUCACAAAGCCCAUGUAAAACCCGAGAGUACUGAGAGACUCAAUGGACAAUUGGUCUUUCUGAGUGAGGAGGAAAGGACAGCCCUGUCUAAACUUAACCCCUGCCUUGAGCCCAGCCAGGCAGAUGUACUGACAAAUCUUUUCUCCACUGACAUAAGCACUGUGUACAGAUUGGACAGACUUGAUGACUCCGAUUUCACUUACAUCAGAAACCACCCAAUUCCAGAACAGAAAACCACAGUGGAUCAAAGAAAGCGCACUGUAUCUGAAAAGAGUGAUGCAACUCCUUACCACUCGUCCCCGAGGCAAUCAUUCUCUGCCUCUCGAAAUCAUCUUGACCGAGACUCUGAAGUCCUCUCUUUCAACCUGGAGGACACCUUCAGAGAAAUGGACGAAUAUGAGGAAGACCCUCCAAACUUUAUGGAUGAGGGUAUCUGGGAGACUGAAGAAGCUGAGAGAUGCGACCCAAUCUUGACCCUCCUCAACCUGGAAUAUUUCCAAGACACUUUUAGAACUCUUUAUGACCUCUCCUACUCUUUUCUGGACACUUUCUUCAAUGGCCUUCCAGAGGACGAGGUGCUACAACAUUUGGAAAACCUGCGAGAAGGAGCCAAGAAAGGCAGGAUGCUCUGGGCCCACCGGCGUGCCUGCUUCCUCCUCGGCCGCCUAUGUGCCAAGAAACUAAAGUACUCACAAGCAAGAGUGUACUUUGAGGAGGCUUCGAAGGUUCCUGUAAAUGGCUUUAAUGACAAACCACUUCUAAUAGCCCUUUACACCAAUCUCACUUCGGUUUACCUAAAACAGAAGAUGAUGGACAAGUUGCCGUUCACACUUGAGAAAGCAAGUGCUCUGAUUCUUUGUCUUCCCUGCCACAACUUCUGCUCUGUGGAUGAGUUUGAGCUGCUACAACCAAUCAUGCGCAGAGCCAUAAUUGAAAAAGACAAAUACCUAGAGGCUCGGACAUGCUAUCUCUCUGUUUGUCUCUUUCUCCAUCUAAGGAAAAUAGAAGAAGCUUUACCGUUUGUAGAGAGGCUUCAGUUCCUUAUCAUCACACUGUCUGUGGAAGAAGGGAGGCAAAUUGCCCCGGUUGAUCUCAACUGGCUGCUGUGCAGGCUUUACCACAAAAAGUAUCUACCUUUCCUCGCACUUGCUUCUUUAAGUCUAGACUCAGGGCAAGAUCAUUCCUUGAAUGAUGCAUUCCAGAAAAUUGAACUCUUUAUCAAAAACUCAGUCAGGCUUAAUCCUCACUGGAAGGAAAAUAUUUCUGUGCUUCCUGCACAGGUGGUGGUUUACCUUCAGCAGGCUUUGGCAAUAGCUAGUCAAGGGGAGGACCUGAAGACUCAGAGGGACCUGUGCCUGAGCCUGGCUAGUGUUUACCAGCAGCAUGGAGCACUAAAAAAAGCUGUGCCAUAUGCCCAACAUGCAGCAAAGACUGGAAAUCAAAUCAAUGAGGAAGAGGGCUUUGAGGCGUCCAUACUGCUGGCCUGGCUCUUGGUAAUGACAGAUGAACCCAUUCAGGCUCAGAACAAUCUGCGUCCACUUCUUAAGUCUUUGAAUGAAACAGACAGUCCAACACAGCGUGGGGUGGUUUACAAUCUCCUAGCUUUAUGUUUACGCAAACAGGCCAGAGUUCAGGAGGCAGCAAGAAACUUUUAUUGUGCUCUGCAAAUCUCCAGAGAGAAUGGGAACAAACGUAAUGAAGCCCUAGCUCUGGCUAAUUUGGGAUGCUUGUCCCUAUCCAUAGGGGCUUCAGGCCUGGCAGAGUGCUUUCUACUCAAAUCCUUCCACCUAUUUCAGUUUCUCUCAGAGAGCCCUACAGACCAGGAGCAUGUCCAGGUUCUGCUAUGGCUGGGUAGGAGCUACAAGGAUAGAGGGGGGAGCCAGGAGGUUCGACUGUGGUUCGAGAUGGGCCUGCUAAUUGCUAUUAGUGCUAACAAUCUGCACAGUCAGAUGGUUGUGGCAAAAGUUUUAAGUCGUCAUUAUGCUGAUUUGCUGCUGUACGGACAGUGUAUUGUUUACUAUGAGCACUGUGUGAGUCUGUGCAGAAGACUCAAGAAUAAACAGCUAGAAGGAGAAUACCUUGAACUCCUGAGCAGCCUGUAUCUCUCACUCAACACAGAGAAGUCAUCUAGGAAGUCUCUAGAUUGCUCAAAGCAAAGCUUGAGGAUCUCUAUAGAUCUGGGGAAAAGACAGGAAGAGUCUGAGACAUGGUUACAAGUGGGCCGUAUCUACUAUCUAAUCAAUGAAGACGAACUGGCUGACAUGUACCUACAGGCAGCAGUAAAGACAGCCCUCAGGAUGAAUGACCCAUGCUUCGCUAUGAGCAUUUAUGAGGAAGCAGGAGAUGUGUUUUUCAAAGGACACAGAAAUCAGAUAGCUGCCCUACCUUUUUACAGGGAUGGGAGUUUGCCAUUUGCACGCAGCAUUAAGGAUGUGCACUCAGAGUUCAGGCUGUUAAGUAAACUGACAGAGCUCCUGAUGAAGCAAAAGCAAUAUGAGGAAGCACUGCAAUAUGCCACUCUUGCAGUGCAGGUCAGCGCCACCACUGGUGUUCUUCUUAAUGAGAGAGCGUCCUUCCAUCGCCUCGCCUCAGUAUACUUCUCUCUAGGGAAGUAUGAAAUGGCUGAGAACUACUAUCUGAAGUCUCUUUCUCUCUGCCCUACUGCACUAGAGCAUGCUAUUGAAGUUCGGUAUUAUGUUAAAGUGUACUGCAGACUGGCUGAUCUGACCCUAUACAGAUUAAAGGACGCAUUUGAUGCCAUGGGUUACUUUCACUUAGCCCUGGCGGCAGCCCUGGAAGAUAAGGAAAGCCUCAGUACACUGUACAUAAUCUACAUGAAGCUUGCAGAGAUUCAUGCCAACUACAUGCCAGAUGCUGAACUAUCUAAAAGCUACAUGGACAGAGCGCAGAGUCUGAGGAAUGAACUGGCAGGAUACACAGACUCAAAAGACACAGAAGAAACAGACGAGGCUGAUGCUGACAUUGACAACAAAUCUGCUCAUUCAGACGCCAGCAGUGGCACAAGCACCCUCACAGAGUCCAGCAUGAUCAAUACCAGCCUUACAAUCAAUGCCCAGAAAGAGCCUGAGCACUCCAAUGGAAGUCACAAAGACGAUACAAACACCAACAGAUCAGAUGAAACAGAUUCUGGACCUGCCGAUCAUACCAAUCCAGAGACUAGCUGUGAAGAUAAUGCAAACCACAGUAAUGGAAGCACACUGAAGGAGGGCUUGACUUUUGUAAUUUGAACUGAAUCACACAUAAUGCUAUCAUUCUGAAAACAAUGCACUUCUUUUUAAUGAAUAAGUGCAACACGACACUUUUUCCUUUUUUUUAAUCAAAUGUUUAAAUUAUCUAAUAUAUUUUGUAUUCUGUGAAUUUAGAAGAGUAUGCAAAUUGUAAAUAUUUGUUUGUAUUCAUGUAAAUAUGUUUUUUUUUUAUCUGUAUACCUUACAUAAUUAAAAUUUAAGAAAUUCAA